AUGGCGGCUGAAAAGAAGAUCCAGGUGAUGUCUUAUUACCGUAUGAUAGACUCCAUUGAGUCACGAGCGGAAAAAUUGCUUUUAUUUGUGCGUUCUUUUGAUACCGAGAAGCAAGAAAGUUCACUUCUCGAAGACAAGCUUGAGUCGAUUGACCAGAUGCGUUCUUUAUUGCAUGAAACUGAGGUAAAAUUAUAUGGGGUAAUUAAGGAGGAUGAGGUUGGGUCCCUGCAGAUGACGAUUGAGAAGAUAGAAGAUUUGUUUGAUGACAUCCGUCACCGAGUUCGAAAGAUUAUCCGAGAAAUCGAUCCUCCCAAGCCGAUAAGUGCCCCAGCAGCGGUCAAUUCAACACAACACCCCCAUACAAAAUUGCCAGAUAUUCCUCUUCCCCGAUUCAAUGGCCAAUUGGAAGAAUGGCUGACAUUUAAAUCCCAAUUCAAUUCGUUGAUUAAGCGUCGUGAGAGUUUGUCAGAAAGUGAGAAGCUAUUUUACCUGAAGGCUGCCAUCCAAGAUGGUUCAGCCCGUCAUGUCCAGUCCUCCGAAGACAAUUUUUCAUCACUCUGGAAGGCAUUAUGUUCAGAGUUUGAAAAUAAGCGAUUGUUGGUAGAUAGGCAUAUUGCUCAGCUGUUUCAUUUGAAACCUUUAGUUCGCGAGUCUGGAUCCGCAUUACGAACUUUGCUGAGUGACGUUACUCGUAAUAUUAGAGCUUUGGCUAAUCUUGAGCUAAAAUUAGAACCUUUAUCUGAACAGUUCUUGGUUUUUCUGGUAUGCGCGCGAUUGGACACCCGCACCAGAAAGGAUUUCGAGCUUCAGUUUACUGAUCAUUCCUUGCCAUCUUGGGAGAAACUUCUCGAGUACCUACAGUCUAGAUGUAGAUGCCUAGAGAGCAUAGACCAGGAUAAACAAGAGGUUCAAAGCUCAAGCUUUCGAGGAAGAUUCGGGCACAAUGAGCGAAGUGGGUCACACUCAUCUAAGGUUUUAGCAAUCAAUACCGGCAGGUCAUAUGGUAACCCUGUUUGUUUUGCAUGUAAGGGGAAUCAUUAUUUGAGCAACUGCGAAGACUAUCUGAAGCUACAAUUACGCGAUCGUAUCUCGAAGGUGCGCAGUCUUGGAUUGUGCAUGAACUGUUUUAGUAACCGACACCAUGUUAGAGACUGCAAGGGGAGCUCCUGCAAGAAAUGUGGAGGCCGUCACCACACUACGUUGCAUGAAAACAAUGCUAACCAGCCAACUCAACCAACACCUACCCCGCGUAGGACCCCUGAGAUGCCUACAACUUCCUCAAAUGCGCUAGUAGCUUCCGUUGCAUGUACUAAUUCGCAGCCAAAACAGUACAUUCUCUAUACCGCAGUUUGCAUGAUAGAAGACGAGUUUGGAAAUUUGAUCAGUUGUCGUGUUUUGCUCGACAGUGGGUCGAUGCAUAAUUUAAUAUCCACGCGUGUGGUAAACGCGUUGCGCUUGCGAAAGACGAAGGUGAACAUGUCCGUUGAAGGUAUUUCCGGUGCACCUAAGAUGAUUUCAAGUCAGGUCAGAGUAAAGAUCCAUUCCACCUACAAGUCAGACUUCACCUACAGCACAGAGUGUUUGGUCAUGAGCAAAAUUACAGGAAACUUGCCAAUCAAUUCGUUCAAUAUUGAUCCUGGGCAAAUUCCGUCAGAGAUAGUACUCGCAGAUCCGUGGUUUAGUCAAUCACGAAGAAUUGAUAUGCUUCUUGGAAUACAAGUGUUCCAUGAAAUGUUUACUGGGCAAACCCAUACCAUAAUUGAAAAUCCUCCUUGUUGGUGCGAAGAAACCGUCUUUGGUUGGGUAGUAGGUGGUGCUAUUGAAAGACCAGAAGUUGAUCGAACGAUCUCUAAUGUCUGUAAGAUCGUUACGAAUGAGGCGUUGAGCGAGCAAAUUAGCAGAUUUUGGGAAGCCGAGUCCAUUCAUGAGCCUCGAAUGUUGACUCACGACGAAAGAGCCGCAGAGCAAAGUUUUUCCGAUACUUGCUGCCGAUUGGAAAAUGGUCGCUAUGAAGUAGGUCUGCCAUUGAGACCCAGUAUAAAGGAAUUAGGUGACAGUCAAACGAUAGCUUUGCGUAGAUUUCUACAGACAGAAAAACGACUGAUUCACGACCAAGAUCUUUACGACCAGUACCGAGAAUUCAUGCAUGAUUAUGAAACCCAGGGCCAUAUGAUUAGGUGUGACACCAAUUGCUCAGAAGGAUAUUUUCUGCCACACCAUGCGGUGCUUAACUUGGCAAGCACCACGACGAAGACGCGUGUCGUUUUUGAUGCGUCUGCAGCAGCUUCGAGGGGAGGUUCCCUGAAUGAUCACCUUUACGUUGGCCCUACCAUUCAGCCCAAGCUCGCCGAAAUCGUGCUACGAUUUCGGGUGCCCAAGAUUGUAUUUACGGCAGAUAUUACGCAGAUGUUCAGGCAAAUUAGAAUCCGAGCAGAAGAUCAGAAGUACCAACAGAUAUUUUGGCGUCGCCAGCCGAACGAAGCUUUAGAGGUGUUCCACUUGACGACAGUAACGUAUGGGACAGCCUGUGCGCCUUUUCUGGCUACAAGAACGCUCGAGCAGCUUUGCACGGAUGAAAAAGAGCGUUUCCCCUUAGCGUCGAAGGCGGGAACCGAAGAUGUCUACAUGGAUGACAUCUUGAGUGGAGCGGACACGUUAGAAGAUGCCCUGAACCUGCAGACUCAAUUCGUCGAAAUGACCCAGGCCGGUGGGUUCAAUCUCCAUGAAUGGGCGUCGAAUCAUCCCGAAUUAAUGAGGCAAAUUGAUAAUACUGAGCAUGAAAGAGCGUUUUUCGAAGAUGAGAAAACCACAAGAACUUUGGGUUUAACCUGGCAACCCAGAAAGGACGUAUUUUUGACCAGAUUGCACGAAAUUGAAUUUCACCUGGGACAGACGACAAAAAGAACCAUAUAUUCUGACAUCGCCAAGCUUUACGACCCACUGGGACUGCUGGGUCCGUUGAUUUUCGCUGCGAAAGUACGAAUGCAGAAAAUAUGGCAACUGAACGUAGACUGGGAUGAAAUAUUGACACGAAACGACGCUGAAAUCUGGGAGGUUUUCCGCAACCAGUUGAAAGAGAUGGGUGAAAUAGUUGUUCCUCGUUGUGUUUUUCCCCAUUCGAAGCCGCAAUCUGUUGAAUUGCAUGGAUUUUGUGACGCCUCCAGUCUGGGAUAUGGAGCUUGCGUCUAUGUUAGAUCUUGUGAUAUGACCAACUGUAAAAUUUCCCUCCUUACCUCAAAAUCUCGAAUCGCACCCUUAAAGAACGCUAAACUCACGAUACCGCGAUUAGAGCUAAGCGGUGCGCUUGUACUUGCACGAUUGAUUUCCAAUAUAACGCACAACCUUAAGAUUUCAUUUUCCAGAAUCAUUCUCUGGUCCGAUCCCACCACAGCACUUUCCUGGAUCAAGACCGACCCAAGCCGACUUAAAACCUACGUAAGCAACCGAGUCAUCGAGAUACAAGAGUUGGCUAAAGGCAUUGAGUGGAGAUACGUGGGGACGCAUGACAAUCCAGCAGAUAUUAUAUCUCGAGGAUUGUUACCUUCCGAGAUACGAGAUUGCGAAAUCUGGUGGUCAGGCCCGAACUUUCUGUACCACGACGAAGAAGAUUGGCCUCAAAGAUUCCAGCACAUCCCGACCGAGCAACUUCCGGAAACGAAAAACCCAACCAUUAGCCUCACAGUUACUGACCCUCCUGCCAUGUUUUACCUGUUUGCGACGGAGAACAACUUUAGAAAAAUGCAACGAAUAAUGGGAUUAGUUCUACGAUACAUCGACCACAUACGACCCAAGAAAGACAGACAGCAUCGGUACGGCGUUCUACGUAUUCCAGAGCUACAACGAGCGACGGUUGCAUUGGCCAGUAUUGCGCAACAAGAGACAUUCCCCAAGGAAUUCAGCUGCCUCGACGCCGGAAAGGUAAUUCACAGUAAAAGUAACUAA